CGGGGAGUCAUAUGACCGCCGGGCCCAGUUUAGUUUAGCUCAGCUCAGCUCAGCAUGGCUCCGGUUCUGCUGCUGUAUCUGUUUACAUUGUCCGGCGUUUCUGCUGGUCGAUAUUUUAACGCGGAUCAGCCGUGUUUCAGACCUCUGCAGCGGAGGAACCAGCUGGGAGUGAAGACUGUCCCGCGCCCUCACGAGUAUCUGAACACCGCAGAUCUGCCCAAAGCCUGGGACUGGAGGAACAUCAACGGCACCAACUUUGUCAGCACCACACGCAAUCAGCACAUCCCUCAGUACUGCGGGUCCUGCUGGGCUCACGGCAGCACGAGCGCCCUCGCAGACCGAAUCAACAUCAAGCGGAAGGGGGCGUGGCCGUCCGCGUAUCUGUCAGUCCAGAAUGUUAUUGACUGUGGAAACGCUGGUUCCUGUAACGGGGGAGAUCACUCGGGCGUGUGGGAGUACGCCAACACCAACGGCAUCCCUGACGAAACCUGCAACAACUACCAGGCCAAAGACCAGGACUGUAAACCAUUUAAUCAGUGUGGGACCUGCACUACGUUUGGUCAGUGUAACAUUGUGAAGAACUACACUGUGUGGAAGGUGGGAGAUUAUGGCUCCGUCAGUGGUCUGGAGAAGAUGAAGGCUGAGAUCUACGCUAGAGGACCCAUCAGUUGUGGAAUCAUGGCAACUCCUAAACUGGACGCGUACAUGGGAGGUUUGUACUCCGAGUACGUGGAGGAUCCCUACAUCAACCACAUCGUGUCUGUGGCCGGCUGGGGUGUCGAUGAGAAAGGAGUGGAGUACUGGGUCGUGCGGAACUCCUGGGGAGAACCGUGGGGUGAACAUGGCUGGCUGAGGAUCGUCACCAGUGCGUAUAAAGGCGGCAGCGGGAGUCACUAUAAUCUGGCUCUGGAGGAGGACUGCAUGUAUGGGGAUCCAAUCGUCCCGCAGAGCUACGUCUAGAAGCUAAAUCAGACUCUCUGUGUUCGAGUCUAAAUUCAGCCGAACGCCGAGCUCAGUCGACGCUACUUUUACGCGUUCAGGGAAAGUCACAGUUGCUGCUGAAACCAAAGAUUCAUUCACAGGUUCUGUUUUUGAUCUCAGUGCUGCGUUAAUCUGAAUCAGAACCACCGAUGUUUCUGCUCUUCGCUUCUCUGGUGUUUCUGCUGAAUUAAUCUUUUCAUGUCUGCUUAAAAAUUGGAGUCACUCUGUAAAAUCAAACUGAAUUCCUGUUCAUGUGCCAGUAGAUGAACUUCUCUCCGAUUGUCUGAAUCAGCUGCAGGUGGUUUAGUGUAGUUCUGAGCUGAAAAGGGAUCCGAAUGUAAACAAACAGACCUGCAGUGAAACUCUGCACUGCCUCCUCACUGCCAGGUUUGUUCUUGUUCUGCAUGUCUUAAAUAAAUAAAGCUUUGGGUGUUUUUGAAUCUG